AAGUGGCGACAGGAACUCCUCACAUCUUGAGUCUCCACAACCCUAAUCGGACCCCACGAAGGAAGAACCUUCCUUAUAUCCGGUCGGCGCCUGGGAGAGGAACUCCGCGAUCAUAGAGCUGGCCUAAUGCCCGGCUAGAAGGGACCGGAAAUUGCGUCUUAGCCCCGGGUCCUGGGGUUGGAUCCGGCGUUCGCAGGCUCAGCCGGGCUGUCGCUGCUGUGAAGCUGAUUUCUUCCGGCCGAGGGCGUGGUGGUUCUCGGAGUGGGCUGUCCACAGCUCCGGGCUAACUUUGGUACCGGCCUUUGGGAAGCCAAGCGAAUUCCCUGGUCUCCUUAUCACGAGGGACAAGGCCACAGCCUGAGGAGGCCGCGGCGCCGGCUAAGUCGUACCUGCAGGAGCCGGAACCCAGGCCCAAGCCCGGGCCCCGGCCCAAACGGGAGUUAAAGCAGGAAAUGGCGGAUGAAGCGUUGUUUUUGCUUCUCCAUAAUGAGAUGGUGUCUGGAGUGUACAAGUCAGCGGAGCAGGGCGAGGUGGAAAAUGGACGAUGUAUUACUAAGCUGGAAAACAUGGGGUUUCGAGUGGGACAAGGAUUGAUAGAAAGUUAUUUUUUUAGGUUUACAAAAGAUACGGCAAGGUUCAAGGAUGAGUUAGAUAUCAUGAAGUUCAUUUGUAAGGACUUUUGGACUACAGUAUUCAAGAAACAGAUCGACAAUCUAAGGACAAAUCAUCAGGGCAUCUAUGUACUUCAGGACAACAAAUUUCGUCUACUUACUCAGAUGUCUGCAGGAAAACAGUAUUUAGAACAUGCAUCUAAGUAUUUAGCAUUUACAUGUGGCUUAAUCAGAGGAGGCUUAUCAAACUUGGGGAUAAAAAGUAUUGUAACUGCUGAAGUAUCUUCAAUGCCUGCCUGCAAAUUUCAGGUGAUGAUACAGAAGCUGUAGAACAUACUGAAAUACAAGGCGUCAACAGUGUAAAGAGAUAAAUUAUUAAUGUAUAAAGUAUUUCAAAUUGCAGUGGUUUAAUACAUUAUUGGACAUUUAUCUGUACAGGAGUAAGGGUGUAUUUUUAUCAGUUUAACACAAACCAGUUUAAAGCAGAUAAAUACAUUCUACCAUGACAUAUGCUUUACUGAAACUAUUAAAAUGAAAACCAGAUUACAGGUAACUAGACACCUGACUACAGGUAACUGGACACCAAGAUGUAGGACUCUUUAAGCAUUUUUAUUUGCUUAGAUGUUUAUUUAACCACAAAUGGAGAAGGAAAAUUCAGAGUUUACUGAGUUAACAUAAAGAAAAAUAUGUACCAAUCAGAAUAAUUUGUGUAAGAAUGAACAAGUUUUGAUAAAGUAUGAAUUUGUUUUAAUUAAAAAACAAACAAUACACUAAAGUUUUAUUUUGCUUAUAAUUUAUUUCUAUUAAGAGAGCAUUUUAUGCUUGUAUAAGGCACAGGUGUGUAUAUACACACAUGCAUAUAAAUAUAUAUGGCUGCCUAAAUAGCUUAAAAAUAUAAUUUAACUGUAAUAGAUUUUGGUUCUUGAGACCUCAGUUAGUGUACACAAAGUGAAGUAUAGAUUAGUUUAGAUGGGAAUUCAUUGACUCCAGGGCCAAAGAAUACUGAAUAUGUUGGGAAGGAAUUUUUCUGCUUAUUCCUGGUACAGUCUUAAUUUUUACACAUGGAAGUACUGGUGAAAUUUCUAAAAUCUUUAUCUUUAUUCCCUUAUUUUCUCUUGCACGAGGGCAGAGAGGUGGAUAAUUGGAUGAAUCACACCAGCAUUUAUUGGACCAUGUCGUCUCAGUAGGAUAGGAUCUGUACCUACCUAAUAUAUGUCUCUUACCACCUCUUACACAUAUUUUAUCUUAUUUAAAUUAUCUGGCAUAAGCAGAUAUCUUUAGCUUUUGUUAGCAUUCUGAAUAUUAGGGUACCUGUACUUUGAUACUAAAAUAUACCUUGCUUUCUGUUUACUUGGUAGUAUUUUAAAAUGGACACAUAAUUACAUAUUUAUAGAGUAGAGUAUGAUUUUUCAGUACAUGAAUAUAGUAUAAUAAUGUAAUCAGGAUAUUGGCAUAUUCAUCAUCUCAAACAUUUAACAUUACUUUGUGUUGUGUUUCUCAUUUAAUUAUUACCCUUGUGUAUAUAUUUGUUUGAUAGGGAACAAUGGCAGUUUAAGAAAAGUGAUUCUUUGUAAUAAAAUGAAUAAAAAAUUGUAUAUAAAAACAUGAAA